UUAACAAUAUUUUUUCUCUUACAACAGCCGCCCAAGAAGGAUACAAAGCAGUCAUCAAAACCAAAGGACAAGCCAUCCAGCUCCGGCGGAAAGGCUAAGAAGAAGGUCAAGUUUGUUCCUUUCCGCUGUAAUUUCCAUCUUAAUUCAGUGCUGUGCUACAGUACUACCUUGUGGUCCCAGUAAUACACUUAUUUUCUUUUGCAACCUGGAAACCUUAUUUUAUUUUAUUUUAUUAUGAUUAUUUUUCGUAAAACAUAUCUCAAGUAUCUUGGAUAUUAUACCUUAUUCUCACUUAAUUUUGUGAGUAUUAAAUUUAGCGAGUUUUGUGAUUUGGGAAAAAUUGCAAAAUUAAAUACUCACAAAAUCUAAAAAUCCAUAUAAAUCCCUAAAAAUCGCAAAAAUUAAAUACUCGCGAAAUGAAACGAGAAACAGGUAGGUUCGAAGCCUUGUGCUCAGUCAAUUUUUUUUUUUGAAGCACAGCGUUGUUGUCAAGUUUUAAAGAUUGCCAUUUAUUAUAUCUUGGCCUUCUUUAGUGUGACUUUUAUUCAUUGGUCUGUUGGGGCUUUAAAACAAGCUUUUGUGAAUUAUUAUUUUCCCAGGAUAAUUAACUCUUAUGUAAUCUAAUUUUCUUGUAAAGAGGGUCAAAUUUUCGAUGAAAAUUAAUCCCAAGGUUGUUUAAGCCUCUUGUACAACUGACUUGUUGUUUCUGUAUUUUCUUCAACUCAACAGAAGUGGUCCAAGGGAAAAGUCAGGGACAAGCUUAACAACUUGGUUCUCUUUGAUAAAGCCACCUAUGACAAGCUGUACAAGGAGGUUCCCAGCUAUCGACUUAUCACUCCUUCUGUAGUCUCUGAAAGGCUAAAGAUCCGAGGCUCUCUGGCCCGUCGUGGACUAGAGGAACUACUCUCCAAGGGACUCAUCAGAGAAGUUUCCAGACACCACUCCCAGUUAAUUUACACCCGUGCAACAAAGGGCAGCGAGGGACAGGAAGCUCCUCAGUGA